CUGUUAUCUGGUUCCGUUCUUUGUAUGUCUUGGAAAUGGAAUUAAAAAGGCAAUUAACAGUAAUUAAAAGCAUCAGGAAGAAACAGACUAUCAGACACUGUUGGCAGUAAAGACUGAAGAUGUUCUACAGAAGCGAUAUAAUCCUGUUUAUGUAAAUCCGUAAAAGAAUUCUUGUGUUACAUUUCCUCUGAAUUGAGAUUAACAGAAUAAUUUCUCUACUCCAUUAUCUGGGGUGUUUACAAGAUGACUUUGCAUUCCAGUUAAACUCGGACACAUUUACAAUGGUUUGCAACAUCUUUAGAUUUUAAAAAAAGGCCAUAGUUGAUGGAACUUUAGCAGUAGAAAUAUUUACUUGGAAUAAAAUAGAAAGGCAAAAACAAAAAAAGGUUUGUAUAAUGGUGAGAGAAGAAAAAUUAUGGGAAAUGAAUUUUGUGAAAACCAAGUUAAAUGAGAAGACAGAGUCUGAAAUGAUUGGUUUUUCUAAUGAGAUGCAGAAAGAGAAAAAGGAAACCUCAUAUCACUGUGAUAUCUGCAAGGAAUCAUUCUCUGAAAAAGGUAACUUAAUUACUCACAAACGUAUUCAUAUAAGAGAGAAGGCCUAUCACUGUGAUAUCUGUGGUAAAUCAAUCUCACGGAAUGGUAACUUAACUCUACAUAAACGUAUUCACACAGGAGAAAAACCAUAUCACUGUGAUAUCUGUGGCAAAUAUUUCUCUGAAGGAAGGUUCUUAACUUCACACAAACGCAUUCACACGGGAGAGAAGCCAUACCACUGCGAUAUCUGUGGUAAAUCAUUCUCGCAGUUAAGUGUACUAAAAACUCACAAACGUAUUCACACAGGAGAGAAACCAUAUCACUGUGAUAUCUGUGGUAAAUCAUUUUCUUCAAGAAGCAACCUAGCUACUCACAAAGGCAUUCAUACAGGGGAGAUGCCCCAUCAUUGUGCUGUCUGUGGAAAAUCCUUUGCUACAAGAGGCCAAUUAACGACUCACAAAUAUAUUCAUACAGGGGAGAAGCCAUAUCAAUGUGAUAUCUGUGGUAAAUCAUUUUCUCAAAAGUAAUUUAACUACUCACAAGCGCAUUCAUACAGGUGACAAACCAUAUCACUGUGAUGUCUGUGGUAAUUCGUUCUCCCA